AUGGCCGCUACUCCAGGAAGCGCCUUGAGCGCAGAUUCUAUCCUCGACUACAUGGCCAAGAGCCUGCCGACCCCGCCUUCCGAUUCAGAGCAAUCAACUCUCAUCAAGGAUCCAUUCGCCGCCAUUGCCCUCUUCUCACAUGCCUGCAUGCUUGCAGUAGGCUUUCGUCUCGUGGCCCAAUCAGACACCCAAGAUGUUCAGGCCUUACCUACUGAGUGGGACAAAUCUUCUUCCUACGCCUUCCGCUAUGCCCAUUCGCAGUCCGCCAUGGAGUACCUUGUCAAGGUCAAUCGACUAGGAAGCAAGGCUUUAAUAUUUGGAGUCGGCAUGGGUGACGAUAAGACCGCCUCGUUUGAGGUCAAAGCCAACGACUACAUUUCCGAAGGGUCAAUAAAGGAGGCAACGCCGACAUCGGACAAGGUCCCUGCGCUCCGAAAUGUUUUCAUAUCCAACGGCCGAAUUGCAGACCUCGCGUCACUCUUCAAGUUCAACAUCAUCCAAAAAUUGGCUCCGGGGAUUCAGAAGGCCGGGUACGAAGACACAGCUGCCACUCUAGAGCAGCCACGACGACAUGAAGAAACUCGCCCCCCUGAGCGCGAGCCGCUGCGAGAUGUCCAUCCUCCUCCUGCACGACCGUACCCUUUCGACGAUCCCUUGGCGGUCCCUCCGCGAAGACCUCAUCCGCCAGGAGACUUUCCACCGCCGGGCUUCGAAGACGAAUAUGAGAUAAAUAGACCUCCACGCGGUGUUCCACCGAGCCAUCAACCAUUUGGGAACAUUGGGGAGAGAGACCUUUAUCCUCCCGGGUUGGGCCCACAUGAUCCCCUCGGGAUUGGACCUGGAGGGGGAUUUCAUGGCGGAGGAGGAAUGCAUCCGACCUUUGAUGAUCCCAUAUUUGGCGGCCAAGGAGGCCAAAGGCCCUAUGACCCUCAGGUGCCUCCAGGGGCUCGAUAUGACCCAGUUGGCCCAGGUGAUGGUCCUCCAAAUCUUCGAGGGGGCUCACACUUCCCAGGAGGCGGCGGUAGAGGAGGGGGAAACAACCCAUUCGGAGGGUUUGGAAGCGGUGACUUUAGAUAG